AUGGAAGUGGCUCUUGGACCUUCAGUUUUCGGCCUCCAGCAUUGGCAAAGAGAACGGAUUGAACCCUCUGGGUCUGCUGUCACGGAUCGUGACGCUAUUGGCGCGCAGCAUUCACUGCACCCCAAAGAGCUUACGCCCUUGAAAUAUCUUAUACUAAAUCAAAAGGAAGCGAUAUAUGAGAGUUCAAAGAAGAAACCUCUGGGAAAGUUUCCGAAACCCAAUCUUCCAGACUUUAUCGAUCCAAUAAACACGACACUUGGUGUUCUUCUAGACAGAAGUGAAAAAAUCAAACCUUUGCUGAACCCCGACAAAAGACGGAUCGAUAUCCUUAAAGAGGAACAAAGGGAUCAUGAUGUCUAUCUCAAACCCUAUAAACAUCUGCUUCCGGGUGAACAGGCUCAUCGUAACUAUACCAAUGCAAUUCGGGACACACUGAAUGUGCCAAAAGACUUCACCUUUGGUAAGCCUGCUCCAAAUGGCAAUGGAUCUGUCGGUCAGCUUUUGCGUGGACACGCGUACAUGCAUCUUCUUGGUCUGACGGCCCCCACGGCAAAACCAAUGAACGACAGUCCCGAGGCUGACAGAGCGUGUGUGACCCUCGCUGAACGGGAGGCUAUCCUACGGGCCACUCUCAAACAACGGCUGCGGCACCAUUUAUUUAAACGGGGACCGGAAAUAACUGCAGUUCUCUGUCAAUUGGCUAAUGGAGAAAAGUUUAUUGCCGAGGACUUGGUGCAUGCCGUUUAUGAGGAGUUCGAUCCUCCGCUCGAUGAAGAGCUGCGUGAAGAACUCUUUGACGUGGCUCGUGGGCCGAACUUUGCCAGUGCUGAUAGCAAGUUAGUCGAGCCGGCCACUUCGAGACACAGUGAUGCUCCGCGGACCAUCAACUGGAAGUUGUUCGCCAGCCUCCUUGACUGGAACCGCCUUCAACCGUUUGAACGUACUGGACACGAGGACUGUGCUGAGGCUGUGAGGAAACGACUCGGAAACGCAGCAAAGCAACGCAUAAUCAAGUGGCGCACAACUAACGAGACCUACCAGGGUGAUCGAGCCGGCCUACUGGAGAACAGACUGUGGCGUAGGCUUGGCGCACCGAGUUAUUUGCGCGACUACACCGUCCCCUGCCCGAUGAAAGUGUACGAGAAGCGUAACUUCGCUGAUAUCGGAGGUGUCGCAACGCUUAUCAGCCCAGCACUAAUGAGUACUCUGAACAUUGGGCAACGAGAUAUGUUCAUUCUGCGAGAUAAAGAGGAGGUAAGUUGUUAA